GCAGCUCGGUGUGCAGUGUGACAGCGGCUUGCCUCAAUUUAUUUCAGUCGGGGGGACGAGAGAGAAAUUAGGAGGAAGGAGGAAUAAGGCGGAUAUCGGUGCCCCCUCUCUCUCUCUCUCUCUCUCUCGCUCUCGCUCUCUCAUGCAGUUUUGAAGAAGACGCCCCCCCCCUCUCCCUUGCACCUGUUCUGCUUCGUCUUGUCGCCGUCUCGCCGGAGUUGAGCGGACGUCGCUUCUCAUUGUUAGAUAGACGUUGUUUUGAGCAUGACUUCGACGUACAACCUGGAUUUCCACCCUCUGGCCGAAAGUCGGUUAAUGACUUCGAGCGACACAAUCAACGGCAACGGAAGCAAAAUGAACGGGUCCCUGGAGCACUUGGACCAGCCAGACCCAGACUCCAUCAAGAUGUUUGUGGGACAGAUCCCACGCUCCUGGUCGGAAACAGAACUAAAAGAGCUGUUUGAGCCCUUUGGAGCUGUGCACCAGAUCAACAUCCUCCGUGACCGCACCCAGAAUCCCCCUCAGAGCAAAGGAUGCUGUUUUGUAACUUUUUAUACAAGAAAAGCCGCACUGGAGGCCCAGAAUGCACUGCACAACAUAAAGACCUUAAGUGGGAUGCAUCAUCCUAUCCAGAUGAAACCCGCUGACAGCGAGAAAACGAGUGCGGUAGAAGACAGAAAGCUCUUCAUCGGAAUGGUUUCAAAGAAAUACGGCGAGAACGAGAUCAGAAUGAUGUUCUCGUCUUUCGGGCAGAUCGAAGAGUGCCGAAUUCUCCGGGGACCAGAUGGUCAGAGCAGAGGCUGUGCGUUUGUCACAUUUGCUACCAGGGCAAUGGCACAGAAUGCAAUCAAAACCAUGCAUCACUCUCAGACUAUGGAGGGCUGUUCCUCACCUUUGGUGGUGAAGUUUGCAGACACACAGAGAGAUAAGGAGCAGCGACGCCUGCAGCAGCAGCUAGUACAGCAGAUUCAACAGCUCAACAGUGCCUCUACAUGGGGAAACCUGGCCGGCCUGGGGACACUCACACCGCAGUACCUGGCUUUGCUCCAGCAAGCCACAUCUACCAGUAACCAAGGCAGUUUCAAUAGUAUUCAGAGGCUAGGAGGUGUGAAUCCCCUUCAGCUGCAGAACUUGGCCACAUUAGCUGCUGCUGCAGCUACAGCUCAGAGUUCUGGCAGCCCAACCUCCACCAGCGCCCUGUCUACAAACAGUGGGGCCCUGGGAGCCCUGGGCAGUCCAGCCGGUUCAACAGCGGGGUCCAGCAUGGGUGCUGCCAUGAACACCUUGGCAUCUCUGGGCACCCUGCAGGGUCUCACUGGGACCUCUGUGGGCCUCAACCUCAACGCUCUCACCAACAGCGUCAGUGGUAUGGGGGCCAUGAAUGGAGGCCUGGGAGGCUCCAUGGCCAAUGGGUCAGCAGCCAGCUCCAUGGAUGCUCUGACCCAGGCCUACUCAGGGAUGCAGCAGUACACAGCCUCCGCCCUGCCCUCCCUCUAUGGCCAGUCUCUCCUGCAGCAGAGCAUUGCUGGCAGCCAGAAGGAAGGGCCAGAGGGCGCCAACCUGUUCAUCUACCACCUGCCCCAGGAGUUUGGGGACCAGGAUCUUCUGCAGAUGUUUAUGCCUUUUGGAAAUGUGGUCUCUGCCAAAGUCUUCAUUGACAAACAGACCAAUCUGAGCAAGUGCUUUGGGUUCGUCAGCUAUGACAAUCCUGUGUCUGCGCAAGCUGCCAUCCAGGCCAUGAAUGGUUUCCAGAUCGGCAUGAAGAGGCUGAAGGUUCAGCUGAAGCGCUCCAAGAACGACAGCAAACCCUACUGAUCCUAGCCCCGGGGCCUUCCCCCCUCCCCAGCUCUAAUGCUAGCACUGCUAGGAACAAAUCUCCAUGCCUGUUUGCUCAUCAUUAGCCUAGCAUGUCUUCAUGAUGUUGAAAGCCAAGCCAAACUCCUGGCCUCAUCAUCCCACCAUUGUCUGUGAUGUCUCUCUAAGCUCGCCUGACCAAUACCUGGCCACCCACUGACCCUUGACCUUAGCUCAACCUGAUUUUUCUGCAUGUAUAUUCAUUUUUGUUUUUGUUUUUUCUGUAUAGAAAUGUGAUAGGUGGGAGAGAGGUCAAGCAAAUCAAUGUGAAAACGUACCUGCGUUGAAUUCAUUUAAGAGACCUUUUUUUUGUUUUGUUUUUUGCGAAUGUUUUAAAAACCUGUGGGAUUUGCUUAUUUUUAAUUUAGCUUUGUUUUUUUUUAUGUUUUCUUUUUACCUCUCUCAGUAAAGUUCACUUGAAAGUUGAAUACAGGGAUUGGCACACAUCUGUGCUAUUUGGUGCCAUUAGCAAUAUGUUGGCUUCUUAAAAGAAAAAAAAAAAAACAUGCUACAGACCACUUUCCAACACUUUUGAAAGUCUGAUCAGUAAAACCCCUCAGUGCUCUGUAAUGAUCUCUACAUUUUGCGGGCAGUGUGAAGAUUUACACCAAGGCUAUUUAAAAAUAUAUAUUCUUUUCAUUUACAAAAAUACCCUGUGUAUUUACCUUUUUUUGAACUAUUGAUGGCACAAUAAAAGGUACAUUUGCUCUGUUUAGAGAAAUGACUACCUACAUGAGUCAACUUUUUUAGAACUGAUUCACAAAUAGACAAUCUGUGGUUUAAAUGCACACUUAGAUUACCUAUAUUUUAUACCAUUGAAUCUAUAGAAGUUUAACUAACAGAACCCAGGCAAAACUUUGGGUUUUUUGUAGAUUAUGUUGUAAUGUCAUCUGUGUCAGGGGGGGUCUUCAGUGUAUUGCAUUUUUAAAGAGGACUAAGAAUCAGUUGAUCAGUGUGACCGUUUGGGGGUCAUUAAUUCAAAACACACUUAAAGUCAAAAAAUUCCUCUACAUUAAUUGUAAUUUAAAUUUCUUGGGGAAAAAAGUACUUUUUUAAGGGUCACAGUGUAGAUUUAAUUUCUUUUUUCCUGCGUUUAAAGAAAAGUUUAGUGUUCAACUUCCACGGUACGUCUUGUUGACUUUCUGUGAAUUUCUCAUUAAUAAUUUAAUUAAUGGAUGUUUCACUUUGGUUUAGUUUGGAUGCAUCAUGUUGAAAGAUGAUGAUUUACAAUGUCUGUUAAUCAUACAGAUGCCAGACAAUGUCUUUUUUUGUUGUUUUUUUUUUUGUCAAAGUGCCCAUAUGUCAAACUCAGUGUUUUUGAAUUCACACAACAUACUUUCCUGUAAUAUUACCUAGUUUUCUUUACACACAUGCACACACUGCGACACACAAAACACUUUCUGUGGUUGCAAAUGUGGGAGCCCCUGAAGAAGAGAUCACUUGGACACAACACACAACCUGUGGGUCUCUGCACAUUUUUAUAAACACACUCACGCUUGCUUUUUUAAUUUCACUUUUUUUUCAGCUGAUUGUUAUUUUUAAGUGACUUCCAGUAUCAUGUUUCAGUUGUACACGAUGCACAGAACAUUAAUACUACUAAACCCACCACAAUAGUGUUGGUUUACAAAUACAUUCCAUUUUUUCAGCACAAAGUUUACACUUUUUUUUACUGGGGUGGUAUUUUGUCUGUUGUACUACAAAAUAACAACCACUUCACCCCCAAAGAAGGGUUCCCUAAAACUGCGUACCUGAUGGCGCUAAAGAGUUGUCAACUCAGGGGCUUUUUUGUGUGUGAAACUACACACUCACACAGGAUUACGACACAAAAUGCACAAUUGUCACCAUUUGACCUUUUUUUUGUUUUUGAGUUUAGAUUUUUUUUUUUCUUCUCAAAAUACAUAAAUAUUCCAAAAAAUAAAAAAAAAUAAGGUACCAAAUUUGAAACAGUGCUCGAGGAAAGUGUUGUAGUUUUGUAAGGAAACGCUAAGCACAAUUGUGGGAGCUAAUCACUUUUGCAGAAUGUGUGUGUGUGUGAUUAUAAUCCCAACAUUUUCAAGGUACCACUGAUUUCACUUUUUAAUAUGGGCAUGUGCUUUUUACAGUGUGUUUUUUCUAUCCAAAUGCAAUACAAUAUUCAAAGUGCCAUAUAUACGUCUAGAAACUGCCUACACAUCCUUAUUAGGCCUUGGUUUAGAGAUUGCUGCAGUUAGCCUUUUUUUGUCUAUUUAUGCCAGUGUCAUGAAAGCUCUUGUCACCCGCUCAUGUCCCCCCCCAUCCCCCCACACACUCUGUGUGUUGAGUUAUUGGUAAAUGUGUAUUGUGAUGUAUUCAAUUUGAAGAGUUGGUUAAAAAGUUGUAGAUAAACAAUAAACUUCCCUAUACAUUUGAAGGUUAAACCUCUUUCUUAGUAAGUGUGAACGUGUACUGUAACACUUUGCGAUACAAACGAAAGUCAUAAACAAAGCUAAUCCUCAAGCAAGAAAAGACGACUUGGGUGCCAUGUUAAUAAGAUCUUUAAAUGAUAAAAUUGUAUGUCAAACACUGAAAUAAUUGCAGAUCUGUGGAGAUAUGCAGUGUAUGGUUAAGUGUUACUGUGAAUGAAUAAUAAAACAAAAGAGAAAAAAAAGCACAAUGUACAGUCCACAGCGGUCCCAACAGGAACUUGACUCACUUCAGGGGCUUCCAUCACAAAUCCCAUUCAGGCUCUAACAAUCACUUUCUUUGUUCUGUGUUUUCAUAUUCUGAAGUGCUAUUUUUUGACAGUGUGGUAGCUUUGCAUCUCUAUAGAUAUUGUCUUGAUCCAAAAGAAAAGAGGGAGAAAAAAAAAUCUUUUCUUGUGUUAAUUUCUUGUCUGAUAAUCGGUAGGACUUUGUUCAUGUUCCACCAAUAAUUUAAUAGAUGUUUUAUCUUGUCUUGAUGAAAGCCAAAGUGGGUGCAUCUUGAUGUGAUCUGUAUUAUACAUACAGUAGUUUUUCUGUUCAGUUAAUAUCAAUUUUUUGAAACUGGGUGGGAUUUGAAAAAGGAGAAAAAAAAAAAAAGACAUACACACGCUUUCCAAUUUCUACAACUGGUUGUUCAUAUGUAUUUUGUACCAGUGAAGCUUUUUAUAUUGGAAAUUAAAGAAAAAAAAAUCUAUAUUGGAAAAAAAA